AUGUCUUACCCACACUUUGGCUAUUCCUAUUCAACUGCUCCCCAGCUCCUUAUGCCUUCAAAUGCUUUAAGUGCGUGUUGUGAGUCGAGCACUGCGUCUCCCGUGGACUCUGGAGUGGCGGCCUCACCACAGCCAUCUCUCUAUUACCCGGUGUAUGACAGCAGGUUUCUUGCCUCUACAAGACACGACCUUAACUCUGCAACCACGAUGGGUGUCUAUGGAGGUUCCUACACAAAGAGCCAGAGUUAUGGAACUUAUAACUCAUAUGGAACCGAUCCUACCUCACCGUAUUCCCUGGGCAAACUUGGUGAAAAGGAUGGAACGCACACCAAGGUUACACAAAGUCCCGCCUAUUAUCCAUACGAUCACCCAUUCGGACACUACCAGUACGAUCGAUAUGGGUGUGGCUCAGUAGAUGUCGGGGCGAGGAGAAAAAAUGCUACACGAGAGACCACCAGUACAUUGAAAGCGUGGUUGCAGGAGCACAAGAAAAACCCGUAUCCCACAAAGGGUGAAAAGAUUAUGCUGGCUAUCAUUACCAAAAUGACCCUAACUCAAGUGUCCACCUGGUUUGCCAAUGCGCGCCGAAGACUCAAGAAAGAGAACAAGAUGACGUGGUCCCCGCGCAAUAAGAGCUCAGAAGAGAGAGCGUGCGAUGAUGACAGCGACUUGGAAGGGUCACAAGGGGAGCCAAUCAAAUGCGAGAAGGAGCCCUGCGACAACCGAGCAGAAGAUGACACGGACAUGCCACAAAGUGACUCGGAGGACUUCGAUUUAAUUGAGUCCGAUGUCUCUGGUGGAGAACCACCGUUUGUUAUGAACUCUCAACCAAAGACUUGCGAAUGUCCAAGUGGUCCUUUCAAAGAACCGACAUUUCAUUUGUCCAUGCCAGAAACACCAAGGGAGAACGAGGGCUUUGGCACAGAAUGCCUCGGAGCAACCCCUGAAGAAAACCAAACAACAAAGAUAUUCUACCUCGAGCAAGAUCAGCAACCUCCAGGAACUAAGCCAAAAAUAUGGUCACUCGCGCAGACUGCCACAUCUUUAAACCAAACCGAAUAUUCGUCUUGCAUGCUUAAGGGCGAAGUGAUGAAAUCGACUUCAGCGAACUGUCCCUUUGACUCGGAUAUGGCGAAAAGACAACAGGACUCACCUGUCAACACUCUCAGAAACUGGGUAGAUGGUGUCUUCCACGACCCAUUGUUUAAACAAGGAUGCCUGAACCAAACAUUUUCCAACUCUUCCAUGUUGUGGUCCGGGACCAGCUGUCCAAAACCCGAGAAUGGCUUGCUUGGACGUUCUCUGGGACCUGUCACCUCUUCACAACUCGCUUAA